CUCGUGAUAAAAAUUCCAGCUUUCCUGUUUGAUCAGUCCACAUACACGCAUGCGUAGUAACCGGGCCACGGGGAGCGAGCUAGUCGUCAAUAUGCGUGUUUUGUAAAUCGCGAUGGCCUCUGGUAGAGGGCCUGCAAAUCAAGAAAUCAAGCAUCAUUUCGCGACUAAAGAGGGCUGCUACAGGCUGUUAGAUCUUUCGGUUUAUUCUCGACCCAACAAGGUCCCCUACUCUGUUCAACAAUGCCACCCGGUCCGAGUAUCGUUUGUGACAUUGAAGGAUCAAGGUGGAUGUAACGAUCGCAUUGCGUUCAAUGUAGGAAGAGAAUUGUAUUUUUACAUCUACAAAGGAGUGCGGAAGGUGGGUUGAUAAUCAUCAAAAGCGCGAUAAAUAACCGUGAAAUAGGUGUAGUGUAAAACUAUGCUGUUUUGUGUGAGUUAUUUUUGUCAAAUUGUGCAUGUUUUCCUAGCAUUAGCAGGUUUCUCUGGAAUUCACUGUCGCCUUCAACACAGUGUUUUAUCAUUAACACUAAACUUAAGCUUAACUUUAACCAGCGAAACUGAAAAUUUUGGGGAAAUAUCAGAAUAUUUCAAAGUUGUAAUGCGUGUGUUGUAUGAGUACCUUAUUCAAUCUUCGUUCGUAGAAGUAAAGUAAACUUAGUUUGUGAAUAAUCCGACAAAUGGUACCCAUCAUUGUGAUUUCCCUGUCGUUUGCAAACAUAACAUGUCUGCUAGAUACGACAACUAUACUGGUAAACAGGAACCGUAAAAAAACCACAUAAACAAGAAAAGUUCCAAGUCUACAACGUAGGCAUUUGUUUUGUACUGUCAGCUCCAUUUUCACUCGUGAGUAACCUAAAAGGCUAAAUUACCCAUCUGAAGACAAAACAAAAAUUCAAUGAGUUUCAUGUACGAAUAGAACAUAAACGUAGUUAGCUGAAAUUAUAAUAUUGUUUCUCGAAACGUUAUCCGGCAGUAUGCAGAUCAUCCGUUUUCGCUUACACAUUAUUCAUCAAGAUAUAAGUUCACAAAAAUAUUCAUACAAAUGUACCUGUUACCUGAAUUUUUUGCAAACAAAACAUGUGCUUUAAAUUUACCCUAUUUCUUUUUAUGUGAUUGUGACAUUAGCAGCCACAUAAUAAAAUAAUGCCAAAAGGAACAGUUAUUAAAUCGCCUGGAAUAAGAAAAGAUCAGACAUGUAAAUUACGUUUUGGGGUUCAUUUGUGGACAAAUUUACUGAUCCCUUGUUUCAUAAACACAGAUCAAUUCACAUCAGUUUUUGAAGUAGAAUGUGAUCUUGACUGUCUUUGCCACUUGAAAACAUUUGUUUAGCUAAUUGAUUAAAAAUCUCAAGUUUUUUAAUUCAUGGGUUAUUAUGUAUACCUUAGAUGUAUUGGUGUGUAUUAUUGCUGAGCAUUUUUUAGCAUCUCUGUGGGUACCUGCAAAUGGCAUUUUCUUUACGCAUUUUCCGUAUCAUCAGUUUUUCAAUGAAAUAGAUCCAUAUCAACAGGGUUUUGCAAGUUAAAGCUACUAGCGAGCUUGCACACCACAAUGUUCAUCCCAGAAAUAAGAAAAUAAAACAAGGAACAAGGCAAAAACUUUGAACAUGCAGCACACUAAAUUCUUCAUCACACUACUAAAAAGUUGUCAAACUUGAUUGGAAUGGCAAUGGUUUUGUCGCUUUAAUCUCUAAAAACUCUGUUUCAUCAAAAGCGAUUGUCACGACUUGGAUUUGUCGGAAAUUUCAAUAGAGAGCAGGAGUUUCAAAAUGUUUUGAAGUAGGCGACCGUCUCUGGAAAAGUAGGCGGCUGUGACAAUCAAGAUUGUUUGUCACAAGCUGAUUGUUAUGACCAGAGUACCUGGCAGCAUACAAUCAAGUAGGCAGGGGAACUCUGGCAGUCGCCGGCUUGCUUUGGAAUCCCCGACAGGUUCAUUUUUGAAAGUCAUGCUGUAUUUAGAAAGGGCUAUAAGGAAGUCAAAAUACAAACAACAAGUACGAAGAACUUAUACAACACACCAAAACAACUCUAAGCUAAUUAUUAUCCAACUGUUAUGCACUAAAAUUUAGUAGGAAAACUAUACAAAGUGUAGAUUGUGCGUCAGAUUUUUUGGUGACAUGCCUGUGGAAAGACUGGCCUAAGAAAAAUUAAUGUCAGCUUGUCAAAUCAUUUGUUUGAGACAACUGCUACGGUGUAGUUUUGCAUAGUCCUCAAGUUAACACUUUAAAGCGAAGCUCUGGUUGAAAAUAUUGAAUGGUGUAAUGCUAAAUGGGGACGGCAAUAAAAAUGGUAUCAAGAUCAAUAGAUCUACUUUGUAAUUAGCAAAAAAAGAAAUUUGCACGUGCAGCACUCUUUUUUCCUAAUUACAAAAAAAGAAAUUUGCAUGUGCAACACGCUCUUUUGGCAUUGUCUUGCAUGACUGCAAUGCGUUUUGUGCGACUAAAACGUCAAUGUUCCUAGCUACACAUUAUUUUUAAGGAGGAAAUGUUGUUUGUGCUUACCAAAGAUUUUGUUUCUUGUGUUCAUGUUUGCUUUUUUUUUCACUUCCUUUCAUUUUCACCUAGCUGGCCGCUAGCAUUUCUCAUUUUCUCACCGCCCCUAUGAAAUUUUCAUGUCUUUCUUCUAACGAAAUUCAUCUCCGUUGUUUCCAAUGACCCGCCCUAGCUCUUUCUCUUUUCUCCACGUGAGUGUAAACAUCAAAAAUAACGUUGAAAAAGACAACUUUAUUUAUUGCGAGCCUCACUUUACAGACUCUGUUUAUCUGAGCACUGUCUAUGACUGAAUAUCUUACCAUUGAGAACCAGUGAUAACCAUUCCAUGGUUCUCUAUUUUGUUCCGUCCAUCUCACUGAGUCACAAGCUAAAAUCGUCAGUACAGUACAAAGUAAGAUCCAAAUUUCAUUGUCAUGUUUCAGGAACAAUACUUUGGCCUGUACUGUAACAGGUACAUGUAAGUUUAGUCAUCUGGAGACUGUGAUAAAAGAUCUUGAGGUUUCUUGAGGAUGAACUUGUUAAUGUUUUGAAGAUGGAUGCUCAUCUAUAUCAUCAAAAUUCAAUUCUUGAAUCCAAGAUUGUGUUGAAUUUCAACCCUUAAACUGAAAUAAUGCAAUAUUAAACCAUUAACGAAGUCAUUGUUGAAACAAUCAAGUUCAAAUUUUAUUCUUCCUGGAAAUUGUUUACCAGGUUCACUGUAAAAUGUUUGUUACGUUGUAAAAAUUUUUCAUAAUAUUAGAGGCUAAGGUCCUGAAUGAAUUUUGAAUAAAGACUUUUUUUUUGUACUUGACCCAUGACAGAAUAAGCUAAGAGAGAAUGCUUGCCAUGUUUUUAAUCAGUGCAUUCCACUCAUAAUUUAGAAUGGAUUGCAGUAUUGGGGUAAGAAUUCCACUUUAAGAUUACUUGGACUCCUUCACAUAGCCCAUACAGGGAUGUACUGCUGGACAGGGCAGAGUAUGGUUUUUUACCUCUCUGUCCUAAACAGGGUAUAUAAUUUUGUGUGAGUCUGUCUUAAACAGGGUAUAUUAUUUCUUGUGAGUCUGUCAACAAGGCAUUGCUUGCCGAUUGAUUUGAUUCACUAGAUGAAUUUUGUUUAUACUUCAAGUGUACUAAAGCAAGGACUGUUAUGUGAAUUAAUUUUGCUCUGGCGUGUAUUUUGUCCUAGACAGGGUAAUAAAAUAAAGGUGGCUGUCCUAAACAGGGUAUAUAUUUUAGGAAUUUGUUGUCUUAAACAGGGUCAGGGUCAGCUCAACUAUACCCAGAUAUUGGUCGAGCACCCCCACCCCUCCCCGGGAUUUAUGCUGGGCUAGAAAAACAACUUUAAAAAAUGACGCUUUUCCUCUGAGACCUUGUUUUUCUUUACUUACAGGCAGCAGACCUGACAAAGCCUAUUGACAAACGUCUCUACAAAGGGACAAUCCCAACUUGUCAUGAUUUCAACCUGAUAACACGGUCCUCUGAAAGCUUGGAACUCUUGAUUGGCUUCUCUGCUGGACAAGUUCAGCUACUUGAUCCUGUCAAACAUGAGGUCAACAAACUGUUCAAUGAGGAGGUAAGUGCCAUUUAACCUUUCACUGACAACAAGUGCAUCCUCAGUGAUUUUGUUACAAAUAGUUGGGGUUAGUCCUACAUGUAGGACUCAUCUUGUGGAAAAUCAUGAGUCCUUGUCCUUAACCAAUCAGUGGAAAUUAAAACAGGGACUCCUAAAUUGAAAAUGCUUGGGCCUUUAUGUAACCAGACAGUUACAUGUAAUCUGGAGACAGAUGCCAAAACUCUUUAUUACAGUUUACUGAAAUUAAAAUACAGUCUUUCUAUAUAUUCAAAGCACAAAAAAGACUAAAGUAAAUAUGCAUCUUCAAACAACAGCCACAGAAAUCACACAAACAGGAUAUUCUACCAAAAAAUCUUCAAAUCAAUUGAUCAUGCUUUGCAUUCUAUGGGACACAUGCUAUGAAUUAUUUUGCAUCUUUGGGGAUUUUUAUGUCAGGGACGCAGGACGCAGAGGUAACAAUAUCAUUGCCACAUGAAGUUUGUAGAAUUUAGAAGUGAGUCUUUUAUCUUGAGAAUGUGAGGAUCAUUGCAUAACCAGGGUUCAAACUAGCAGCCGGCAUUUGAGUGCAAUUGCUGCUGACUUUUCACCAAAGAAAUAGAAAAUGUCAUGCUUUGAUCAGCCAACUGAAAUCAAAGUCGCUGUAAUGUUGUAGUAAACAUUUUGUAUCAGACAAUAAAGCAGCCAAGAAACGUUUUAAAAUGUUUGGAAAGUGUAGAAAAAGGUUUGGAAAUUUAAAGCGUGCUGCCAAAGAUGAAAAAGAGAAUUCUUGUUCACCAUGAUUUACUAAUUAUUCUUUUACCCGUUUGUUGAAGCAUGAAACAUGCAAGUUAUGUGCAAAAUCUUUUUAAAAUCUUUUUCUGUUUUCAAGGUUCCUCAAGGAAGAAAGUGAAAUUUCAAUUCAAAAAGAUUUUGGUCACGUGCUUAGCAAAUGGUUCUUGGUAGAGUUGUUAAUUAACACAUGCAGAUCAUGCAGAUCAUCGUGGAAAGUGAAAAUAAGUUAUUCAUAGAAUCUCCCAUUUGAAAUCAUCAGCCGUUAUUGGACACAUACAAAGCAAACUUAUUCAUUAUUCACAGCCGGGAAAAAAUAAGCCUUGACAAGAAAAGCUUAGAGAUUCAGGCUAAAAGCUGUGAUUUCAUUUUGAUUCCUGAUAACAGUCCAUUAUCUUUCAAACAGUAGCACUGAGUAUCUUUUUGAGAAGGACAUAUGCUUGACAAAGUCACCAUUUUACCCAGACAUGCAAAAAAAUUGUUGACUUGUAUGAUGUUGUCUCUUAACUUCUUUAAUAAUUACUAGACAAAGCUUUGUCUACAAAGUGAUAGUCUUAAUUUGAUUUGUCUGGUCAUCAUAUCUGACCAUAGGUAGAAUUUUGCCAACUGACGUUGGCAGUCGUGAUGUUAUAAUUCUUAUUUCAUUCAAUAACCAGUAUCUCCCUUUGUUUUAUACUCACCAUCAUAAUUUUAUUAUUCAUGUUACUCUCUUAGAGACUUGUGGAUAAAACCAAAGUCAUGUGUCUCAAAUGGAUUCCAGGAUCUGAAAAUUUGUUUCUUGUUGCUCACGAAAGUGGGAACAUGUUUGUUUAUAACAAGGAGCAUCCAGCAGGAGCUGGACCUCCUCAGUAUGCUCUUAUGAAACAAGGACCUGGCUAUACAAUAUAUAGUGGCAAAUCAAAAACCACGCGGAACCCAGUUUGUAAAUGGACCAUUGGAGAGGGAGCUAUAAAUGAGUUUGCCUUUUCUCCUGACUGUAAACAUAUUGCAACCGCAAAUCAAGAUGGCUUUUUGCGAGUUUUUGACUUUGACUUGCAGUCUCUGUGUGGUGUGAUGAAGAGUUUUUUUGGAGGACUCAAUUGUGUUUGCUGGAGUCCAGAUGGCAAGUACAUUGUCACAGGAGGUGAGGAUGACCUUGUGACGGUGUGGUCUUUUCUUGAACGGAGGGUCAUUGCUCGUGGAGUAGGACACCAGUCUUGGGUUCAAGUAGUGGCUUUUGAUCCUUACACCACAAGUGUGAGUGCGGAAGGUCGCGUUGAUGACAGUGAUGAAGAUGAAAUUGAACAGAAUGGUAUUGCACCCUCACAGCAUUCAAGUUCUGUUACACCUGAGGACAAAAAUGUUACUUGCUAUAGAUUUGGGUCAGUAGGCCAAGAUACAAAUUUUAUGUUAUGGGAUUUGGGAGAUGACGUUCUCAGAGUUCAGAGACCUCGUGGUAGAAGUGUGCGUGCUAGUACAACUUUUUCAAAUUCACAUGUAACCUCUGCACAUCACUUUUCCAAUGGACCCAUCACACAUGAAGUGAAUCACACAGGCAGUGGCAAUGCUGUUGCCCCCUUGACUUCAUUUGAUGCACCAAAGAGUUUAACUCAAGUACAUACAUUGACAAAAUCCAUGGAAAAUUUAGUUAAUACUGGAAAUGUCACACCAGGAACUGUACUUUGUCCUAGAAUGGAGGACAUACCCAUUUUAGAACCUUUAGUUGCCAAGAAAGUUGCAAAUGAGAGGCUAACAGCAUUAUCAUUUAGAGAAGACUGUAUUGUCAUGGCUUGCCAUGAAGGAUUCAUCCGCACAUGGGCUCGACCAGGUAAAGUGGUAAGUGCAUGCUUCCCUGGAGGGGUCCGUGGUGGUUUCCUUUCCCUCACACCCCACCCCAUUACCCUUUAGUGCUGUAAGAUAAAAAAAUGAAACAAGUAGUGACGAGGAAUGAGGCAGUUAAUGGUCCUGUAGCAAUAGUUGUGAGGGGUGGUGGUUUUUUUGUAUAGAAAUGGUAUUCGAAGGGGAGCAUUUUUAAGCUUAUUGAUAAAUCAUACUUGUUAAAAUUUGUUGGAAGGGGCAAAGUGUAAAUUUUGGUUAUUUUCAGGAGGUAAGAAAAAAAUGAUCACUUUAGUGGAGCUGUUUGAGGGCUCAAGUUCUUUUGUCUGUUUGUUUGUUUGUUCAUUGGUUUUGGUUAUUUAUUUUUGCCUGAAGUCUGCAGACCGCAAUUUAUUGUUUUGUCUCAAACCUGGACCGCUAGAACAUCAAGGAAAGCUAUAGAAUGAUGUUAUUUCUCUUUUACUCAGGGCGUGCACCCAACGGGAACAGUUGUCUGAGUGAUGAAGACAUAGAUGAAGAUCACGAUGCAAAUGAUUUACAAGACUUGCCACAUUCUAGAUCCACAACUUGCUAAUUAUAUUUCCUUUUACCUUGCCACAUCCCUCUCUAUAUGCAAUAACAGUCUGAGAGAACUUCUGUUUUUGUUUACUUUGUAGUAUAGUGUUGAUCCUCCCAAAAUUAAAAUAGUAGAAACAUACCUUUUGGGACCUAGUCUGCCACAUAGGGCAGAUUAGUAAAUACACAUGUAUAUUUUAAUUUAUAAAUGAAGUGUUGGUUCAAUACAAGAAACCCAUAAUCUAAAUCAUUGUCUUUUGAGGUUGGUUUAAGCCCUCACCUCUUUGUGAAUUUAUCCUGAAACUUUAAAAAGGACAUGAUAACAAUUCUUAAAGUUACAACAAGACAUGUUUCAGUAAUUCCAAUGCCAUCAUCUGUUGAAAGCAACAGCAACAAAUUUGUAUGUGUAAUCACAAAGUAGUGAUGAGUGAUGUUAGGAAAUAAUUUCACCCACAUUUUGCCGAGAUCCUUGCUGUUGCUAGAAAUUUUGACAAGACAUGAGAGGAUUGAUUUCCUAAUUUCACAAGUAUACCCUUUGAUUACUUAACAGUUAUGCUUAUUAUCAUGAGUGACAAAUUAUGCUUACUGUGCAAUUAAGAGUUUUGACUAGUUUAUUGUAUGGAUAAUUCUACUCACUAAAACAAAGGGUGGAUUAAUUUGUAACAUACGUGUAUAGCUUUCCGUUUGCCAUUUGCCUCCGUUAGCAGGAAAGUGAAAUAAUUUCCCAAAUUUAUUAUAAAUUAAUGCUAAAAUUUUGCACCAAAAAAUAGUCUGCUACACAGCUGCUUUGGGGAGGAGCACUGCGUGACGACACUAAAAACCGCUGUGAAGCAGACUAACCAAAAAAUGUAGUUAUUUGUCACCCAUGAUAUUAGUAUUUGAAUUUAAAUAAUUACAUUAACAAUAGAAAAUGUAACAAUAAUAUUAUUGCUGUCUUGGUUUUUACAUGUAAAUUUUCUGGUCUCAAUCCUUUCUGAAACGUGUGUCAUAACUGCAUUUGUGAUUCUUCUUCUAAAUUCUCCUACUCCUCUGUAGGUUUCUUGGGGGCAUUGGAAUUCAAUGAUAAUGUUGUUCAAAUAUGAGCAGAUUAAAUUAAUUUGGAUCCACGUAACAGAAGCUGUUAACACUGGUAAUGUUGUAAAGUGAAUCAGAACAAUAAUAUUAGCUUAAUUUGGCACUUUCUACGGAUAACUACAAUGUAAUGAAUGAAAGCUAGGCUUUCAUGUUUCUUAUCACCAUAGCCUUAUUCCAGUACUGAAUUUUUUCAGCUUCUUGUGGUGCACGUGGGCUCUUCUUUAGGGUAUUGAUUAUAAGCACUCUGCUCACCUGUCUAAGAAUACAUAUCAGUAUAGUGAUAGCCUGUGUAGAGCCGCCCCUCUUCUCAGGAAAAAUCAGUUUUUUUCUAAGGGGAAGGGGUGGCUGUACACAGGCUACUAUGGUGACAGUAAAAUGGUUUAAUCCUCUUCUGUUGCUUUAGAUUUAUGCAGCAGGUUUUGUGCCUGAAUAAACCUUGACUAUUUCAGGAAA